AGCAGCAUUUGCAAAUGCAGACCGCUGCCUCGGGUGUCGGUGGUCAAGUGCUCGGAGACGGCCUGACAUGGCUCGACUCCAAAGCGUUCACGAGCAACAUCGCGGCCGAGUCCGACCCUGAACUGACCACCGCGGCCACGGGCGAGCACGCUGAACCACUUGCGAAGGCGACUUCCGAGUCCUCUGCAACGUCGGAGAGCACGAACAGCAGUGUCACCGAGUCUACUGCCUCCACGCCAACCGCCGUCUCAAUGAACGAGACGGCGACGACAUCGACCACGAACACCGCAAGGGGCUCGACGGGUUUCGCUGCCUACCUAUGCUUGCUUCAUUGCUUUCUGGCGCCACUCGCCCACCGGUAUCCGCUGCCCGACAGGCCAACAUCGACCGCCUCGCCGCCGAGAUCGAAGCGGACAGAAUGCAGCGGGCGCCACAGUUGCAGCACCGGCGCGCGUACACGGGCACUUGCGGACAUAUGCGCCGCGCUCCGGAGCGGAGAGAACCCCCUCAAGGUGGGAACCAUCAUAUCGUACGUUGUGAGAGCGCUCCAGGAGGACGGGAGCCUGCCGUACUCGCCCGAGGACCUCAAGGCGCUCGCGCGAUCUGAGGCAGAUAGCUGGAGGAGGCAUGGGUGGUGGAUACUGGAGCAGGAGCGCCGCCAGUGGAGAGGCUCUGGACAGAGAGGGUAG